AUGUCGAUAUUCUCUCUGGAUCCCUCCUUUGGCCAUUAUCAGUUCAUCUCUGAAAGAUCCACAAACCUGACAAAAUGCGAUUCUUCCAACCCCCCCGUGACGCCAACCCCAUUGCAUUUCAAACUCACCGGUCAGACUGUUAUCGUCACCGGACCAACAGCAGGGCUCGGCCUCGAAACAUGCCGCCAGCUCAUGGGCCUUGGAUGCCAUACCAUUAUUCUCGCCUGCCGUGAUGUCGCCAAGGGCUUUCGAACCCGGUCAACCCUCCUCUCGGAGUAUGUGACCCGGGCAGCCAUGCAUGGUAGCCCGUCCGUGAAGGUACUGAAGCUUGACCUGGGCAGUUUCGACAGUGUUUUAUUAUUUGCAUCCCAGGUGAAGAGCGAGAUCCCAGUUGUGGAUAUCUUGAUAUUAAACGCGGGGGUUGGAUUUCUGAAGGACUUCCGCUCUACCCCGGACGGCCACGAAUUGACUCUGCAGACUAAUUAUCUCUCCAAUGUGCUGCUCCUCCUGGAACUCCUCCCCUAUCUGCAGCAGUCCGCACGGGGCCGCCAGCCCGCCAGGGUCACCUGGCUCGGGAGUCGAUCUGCGUACGACUCCAACCUCGUUCGCAUGGUCGCUCCGCACUCGGACCUUUUCGGGUAUCUGGACGAUGUUGUCAAUUACAGCACCAAAGAUCGAUACGCAGAUACAAAGUUACUUUGUCAGGCAUUUCUAUAUACUUUUACGGCGCAUCUAGACCCCCGGGCGCCCUCCUCUGCGGAUGGGGUUGACGAUAAUGAUCAUGAUGCGGCAGCUGCGAGCGGGGACCUGAAUGACAGGGCAGCGGUCGCUGGGGACCCAGCCAGUGUAAACCCUAAACCCUCACAUGACAUGGUAUACAGAGGAACUCUGGAUAUAUAA